AUGGCGGACUCUCUUUCUACUCCUUGGAUCCUCGACUACUGCAUAUCGGUUGCUGAGGAGCAUGGAGGCGAUCUCCUCAACAUCCCUUGGAAAACGAAGGGGGCGAAGGUCCAGCUGGUCAAGUUUAUUUCUUUUCCUCCCAUAGGUGACGAGCCAAGUACACUAUGGGCUACGCUCUCAGACAAGAAGCAUCUUAUCACGGCACGGCUCACUAAGGAUGCAGUAGCCAAUUAUGCAGAUAACCCGCUCAACGCGGGACACUCGAUCACGUCUCGCAAGACUGCCUUUCUAAUCCUCAAGAAAUGUCGCCCUGCCUUUGGUCGUGUCGCGCGCGGACCCUCAACAGGAAUGAGCUCUCAAGCUACGUUGUACUUUGAGGUCGAUGCUUUUGAGGCUAGGGGGUCGUAUGGAGAACCGAUGUGGGGGGAGCCAGUGGAGGUGGAGUCAGACCAAAACAUCAAGGAAUGGAUACACGGAUUGCGGCGAGAUGGAGGAGCAGGGAACGUACUGAAGCUACGCAAGCAAGAGGCAGUGGCGUGUGCUGAGAAGCAAGCGGAGCUUGCCAAGCUCCCCAAGAUCACAGCGGUCCAGAGCCGUGUCCAAGCCACCAUGGAGGAUAUGCAGGGCAAGGUCCCAGUUGCACGUCGGUCAAGAAAGUCACGGCCAUCUGAACCAAGACCUGCGGAGAAACCGAAGGAGAAAGCUACUGCCGUUAGCCACGAAGAGCAACGACGUGCUACCUGGAAACGAUUUUACACGAGAAUGGUGAACUAUUCUCGUCCACCUGACGAGAUCUUUGAUCAAUGGGCGGAGCUCAGUGGGGACGCGUCGAUCAAGCGGGACGUUCCCGGUAUAUCCGGCAGCGAACCGAUUAAAUCGCUUGACAAAAUCUGCUUCUCCUGCGCGACAAUCUUCGCGGGCUUCCUCACCGUCCACUCGAGGCCCGCAAACCCCGUCUCAUUGGAGCCUCCCAAGGACACCGAGCAAGCCCAAGGUUCGCCAGAUAUACCUCCCCCGGGCACCCUUCCGAUUGCCACCCCGUCGCCUUAUAUCCCACCCCGUAUGUUUCCCUCAGACUCGUCGCAAGGACUGCCGCCUUCCAGCCUCCCCAACUACAUCUCCACUCCCCGCUUCCGCGAGCCUCAGAAAAGGCGCGUACCUCUGCCUCGUAUUGCCGAUCUGCAGCGUGAUCCAGAUACCGGCGGGGAAGGCCGUGUGCUCGUCGAGAACUCGGACACCGCAAGUCCAGGAAGCCACCGAGCUGGCUUGUCUCAGAGCCAGAGCCAGAAUGGGAGCCAGGGUCAAAGCCAGAGCCAAGCCCACGGAUCUACGCAGAGCCAGAACCAGACGCAGGAAGAGCCAUCUCAAUCUCAGCGGAAGUCGACUCUUCGUCACGAAGUGGAACCCGGGAGCACUGUCGAGGAACCUCCGCGUGGUGACGACAAUCAAGCUCAUGUCGAAACUCAUGCGCAGCCUGAGGUGCAGGUGGAACAAGAGUCACAGGAGUCUCAGAAGUCACGACAGUCCUUGUCUUACAAGGACGACUCACAGAGCCAGGGCGGCAAGUCGCGACAGUCACUAUCUUACAAGGACUCGCAGUCACAAGACCAAGACAAGCAGCCUGAGGCUGAUGUUUCUACAGCCCCUGUCGAUGAUCAGCGUCACGAGAACGACGGAGACCAAGCGCACAGCGGAUCUCACAUAGCUCAUUCAGAAGUCCCGUCACGAGAGGACCACGGCAAUGAACUGCCGGGCCAGGCUGAGGCUGGGCCGUCUGGGCCAGUCAAACGCUCAUCGCGCUCUCCACGGCUGAAGCACGUCUCUCUUACUCUCGCGUCAAAGGAGCGAGCUGCCGACGGCGAGGGCCAGCCUCGAGUCGAACCAUCUUGGGAAGCAAUUCGUGCGCCUACCACUUCCGAAGAUGAAAGCGACAAAGCAGAGGUGGACGAACUCCUCACGUCGUCCUCCGAGUCGGAGGGGGAGGAUGUCCGGCGCAAGGAUCGCAGUAGGCGUCCUGUGAAGGCAGCAGGGAGGACGAAGUCCAAGACACCAGCGAAACAACCAAGUGCGAAGAAGCGGCCGCGCGGUGAAUAUUCUCCAGACGACGAAUGCACUCGCAAGAAGAUCAUGGACAAGUUCAUGGCCUUGCGACACCCCACGGACGCAGGUGCAUCACGUCUUCCUGUCGCACGCGGAGGUUCCCCCGAGAAGCAGAUGCAGCCUUCGCAUACUCUCCGCACUCGUCCUGCUCAUGACCCAUCUGUCUGGGAGGGUCCGACGUUCCUCAAGCCAUCGAUGUCAAAAGCUCAGCCUUCAGUUCCUACUCUCCCUGAUGCUACAUCAACGGCAUUGAAGCGAUCUGCUCGUCCCCCGCUGCUUUUGGAGGAGCCUCCGGCGAAGAAGCGCAAGACUGGUGGAUCUCCUUCCGUUCAUUCCCUUACUGCCCCGUACGCACGCCCUGACAGUCCAUCUGCGCCGAAGGCGGCACCUGCCUCCCACAGAUCCACGCCAUUUCAACGCCAUGACUCUGACUCCUCCGUUCAAUCCGCCGCGACGUCUUCGACCAAGGUCACGGCGGCGUCGACACGUAUGCACGCACUCGGCGCCGAGCCCUCGCGUCGUUCCGGCUCCCUCAGCAAACAUCAGUCCGACGGCUACGUUAACCUCUACAAGGGCUCACGACCAUCUUCCCGGUCAUCGUCGCGCCAGCCGGAGGCGCGCAAUCUGACAGUGCAAGCGAACAUCCCUAGCACAGGCGCGAAGGCAGGACAAAUUGCCGCCCCGACUCUGGCUCAAGCUCCAGCCUCGUCGACCAAGGACAUUUUCCCUCCGGUGCUCUCUGCGGCCAAGAUUGGUUCGACGCCUGGUCGUCCAAACUCCACACUGCGGAAGCAGACCCAGCCGAAGAAACGACCAAGAGAGCGCGCCGCGUCUGCUGCUCCUUCUGAUUUGGGUUCUCGGCCUCGACCAUCUGUGCGCGCCCCAGCGCCCCCUGCAGAACGCGCAGAGCUACAACAGGCACAGGGUCCUGCUCCGACGCAGCCCCGUGCCUCACCACGAUACGUGGAUCCGAUCCCAAUGACGCAGACGCGUGGUGGGCCACCAGUUCUCAAUUGGGGAGACCUGGAGCAGAUAUUGCUCGCCGUGGGUCGUCAUCGAUUCCAAGAGCAAGAGAGGGAGAGGGAGAAUACUGGAAGGUCAUAG